AUGGGGAAAAACAAAGCAAAGGCUUCCUCAUCUUCAAAAAACAACAAAAAGGCUUCAUCAUCCUCCCGAGGUGGUCAUCCUUCCAAUGAUGAUAAUUAUGAAUAUUCCAUUCAAGAAAAGAAGAGAUUAGAAACACUAUCUCAUCAUGACGACAAUGAAAACCAAUGGGACAAAAAGUCUCGAAAAAAGAAAUCGCGUGGCAACCAUUCCAACAAAUUACAAGAUGAAGAUUUUCAACAAAUGAAUCAACAAUUAGAACCUUAUGGAUUAUAUUUAAAAAAAGUAACAGGUGAUGGAAAUUGUCAAUUUCGAUCAGUGAGCGAUCAAUUAUAUGGAGAUCAAAAUCAAUAUCAGAAAAUUAGAAUAGGAUGUGUUGAAUACAUGAUGAAUAAUCCUGACAUGUUUGCUCCUUUUGUUUGUGAUGAAAGUUUUGAAGAUUAUUGUAAAAAUAUGAAAAAGGACACAGAAUGGGGUGAUAAUUUAACUCUUCAAGCUAUUUCAGUCGCUUUCAAUGUCAACAUUAGAGUUCACCAAUUAGCUAAACCAUCCUUUGAUAUUGUCAAUUACAAUGAUCCAAAUAGCAAAUUAAUUCAAUUGAGUUAUCAUUUAGGUGAACAUUAUAAUUCAGUGCAUUACAUGAGUGAAAGUGUCAAACAAUUGUAUCAAACUGCUGCUAAAAAUAGUGGAUCUCAAAAUUCACAAAUUUCAAAGAAGGAAGAAAUUAUUGUUCAAUCUACUGGAUGUACUGAUUUAACAUUGAUUAGAAAUACGUUACAAGAUUUCAAUCAAGAUAUGGACUCUGUUAUUGAUUUUCUGUGUCAAAUGAAAUAUUAUUCAAGUAACAGUGACCAUUGGUAUGAUAAUGAUGAAACAAUUAACACCAAUUCAAUUCUACAAGAGAGUAAGAAUACUCGCUCGAUUGGUUCCUCUUCUUCUCAUAUUGCUGCAUCAAGUUCUCAUUCGAUUGGUUCUUCCUCUUCUUCACAAACGAGUCAUGGUCCCUUUCAAUCAUUGUACUCUUCUCAUUCCACCAGUGGUACUGACAAUGAUCAUUUAUUAGAUUCAUGUUUUGAUCUUGUCAUGUCUACCAUUGGAUAUGAUAGUGGACAUGACAUUGAAUUGGUGAGAGAUUUAAUUACAUCCAAUCAAUACAAUGCAGAAACAGUGAUUGAUAUGUUAUUAUCAUUGAGUGGAGUGGAGGGUCAUGACAAUCAUUCAACUCAUGGUGGUAGUAGUAGUGGUAAUAGUGGUAGUAGUGGUAGUAGCAGUAGCAAGAGUGAAACAACACUCUCUUCGCAUCAACAUUCUCGAAACACAAAGAAUCAUGAUUCCCAAAAGGAAUCCUCUCACAAAUCUAAAAAAUUAACAAAAAGAGAAAAGAGAGAAGCAAAACAACGAGAGAAACUUGCACAAGUUCAAGCUUUACAUCAUCGAUCUCUUGAAAAUCAUACUGAACUUGAUGAAGAAGCGAUUAAGAAAUUUGAAUCCAUUCAAAUAUAA